AUGGACUUCCCACUAGCAAACACUUUUGGUGUUAGGCAUGAGCUGUUUUUACAAACAGUUGAUGAUUUCCACCGCCACAGACAUAGAGUGAACAAGAAGAUUAAUAGAUUACGUCGUUCACUGAAUAUCAUCACCAAGGAUACCAAACACUAUUCCGAGAAAAACAAAACUGCAAAUUUAACAUCCUCUGAUUACGAAUUGAACAAAGGGUUUGGUGAUGUUUUGUUGUACCUUAUUGAGCGAGAUCUGGUGUAUGCACAAGAAACAAGACUACUGAUGGAUGUUCAUUCCUCCAAAUCAAGAGAAAAGUUUCUUAUUUCAAAGUACAAAAAGGCAUUGAAACAUGUGAAAAAUUUGUUUGAAAUAAUUGUCAAUGAAAAAAACGAACUAGUCGUUUUAGAGGUCUUAGUCAUUGCUUCGUUAAUCGAAGGCUCCCUAGCAAUUUCUAAGAAAAAGUACGAAAAAUCGUUGAAUGCGUUUUCAAUUUCUAGGUGUGCAUUGCAAUUCUUGUAUAGUUAUCAGGAACUCCCUCCUCAAUACACAAAGGAAUUGUACUACAAUAUCAUUGAUUUUAUAGUUGAUCCUGCAUUGAAAGUCUCGGCCUCUCAGUGUAACACCAGCAGGGCCAAUGAUCUUGCACAGUUGUCAAAGGAACAGGCAUUCCAGAACAAACAUAUGUUUCCCUAUUUAAGCAAAGCAAUCGAAAUAAUUUCAAAAACCAAUGCAGCAUAUGUUACCCCAUCCGACCAAAGUGAACUGAAACUAUUGAAGGAGCUCCAAUGGGGUUCAUAUAGUGCCACAAUUAGAUCCGAUGACUUAUCCCUAGCUAUCAUGAAAAUUAACGAGGAGGUCAAAGGAAUCAUGGAUGAAGACUCAACCUCGUAUGACAGCUCGUUGCUAUUAUAUCAAGAUGCAACGGAAUUACACACCCAAGAGAUGGCAAGAACUGAAGAAGAAUAUGAUGAUUCUGAGAAGCAGGAACAAUAUAUCAUUUCGACGUACUUGAAAUACAAUUACUUGUUAUUGAGAGUUAGAAGAGACAUAACCAUCUUGAACGGCUUAAAUGCAGCCGUAGAGAGAUUGAAGAACGUAUCGAAGAAUAAGCUACUUGUAUCAUGGAAGGAAUGCCUAAAAGUCAAUGAUGCUAUUAUCUCUUCUUUGGAAGAAGUCACCGAUCUACCGGGAAUUGCCAAUGAUGACGACUUGAUGGAUUAUAUUAACACUUUAAAGGCUUACUUCACUAUCAAGAAGCAACUCAGAUUAUCACAAGCCUACCUCAUUUCCAACAAAUAUAUACAAGCACUUGCACUUGUCUCCAACUCGCGUAGCUUGAUUGAAAAUGCCAAGCCAUUUUCUGGUGAAACAGAAGGUAACUUACCAAGGAACGAGGAUCUAGAAAAUAUGAAGGAACACGUCUUAGAAGAAGAAUCUAAAUUAUCUAUCCUGGCAUCCCAUUUCAAUGAUUCCGAUGAUAAAAUAAUCAUUGGAUCUAAAUACAUUGUCGAUAAUAAGGACAAGUUCCCCGCACUAUCUGGUGACAACCUAUUAUCACAUGUUGCACCUACGAAGGUUGACAUUCAACCAGUGCAUGUUAAACCAGUCUUGUUUGACAUUGCGUAUAAUUACAUUGGCGAUAGUUCAAGCAAUAGCGAGCAGGAGCUGCAACACGUUUCUAGUGAAUCAGGUGGCCGUUCCAACGAAGAAGGUGAGAAGAAGAAGGGAUUUUUCGGUUUAUUUGGACGUUAA